AUGAGUGCGCUUGUAGGCUACGGCAGUAGCGACGAGGAAGAAGUCGAUGAUAUUAGACCAGAGAAGCCGGCCAAGGUAGCAAGACUUGACAACGAUGCAGCAUUGCAGCAAGCGGGAGGAGAUAUCAGCGGUAAGAGGCCUGGGCUUGGUGAAGUGAGGAGAACAGGAUCUGACAAUGUCGAAGCGCAUACCGCCAUUCCAUCUACCGACAACGAUGCCCCAAAGAAGAAGUCAUCUACAGCUCGCGAGGCAGCUUCAGCUUCAGCUUCAGCACCAAGACCGGAUCACAACAAGCAAGGCCCACGCCCAGGCCCAUCUCCAGCACCACCAGUAGACGACAACACCACAACCACAUCACCCACCUCGGGCCCCACCUCACCUUACACCACCGAACGCCUCCUCAUCCGCAACCUCACCAUGCCACCCAUCCCCAACUUCGACAUCCCCGACGAACCACCCACACCUCCUCCCAACAGCGAAGCAGCCGCAGCCCUGGCCGCUCGCACCAAGAAAUUCGAGCACUUCCUCGCGCUAAAGAAGAAAGGCGUUCACUUCAACCAACGAUUACAGGAUUCCUCGUCUCUGCGAAACCCGGGGCUAUUGCCUAAGCUGAUGGAGUUUGCGGGCGUGAGUAGGGAGGAGAGUUAUGCGAGUGCGAUCCCGGCUGAGGUGGGGGGUGUGCCGGGGGUUUGGCCGCAGGGGUGGGGUGUGGAGGAUUUGGUUAGGGGGAAUGAGAGGAGGGAGAAGAAAUUGAAGGGUGAGAGGAAGGAGUUGAAGUUUGUAGGGGCUAGGGGGAAAAAUGAGGGUGCGAAUGGCGGUGGAAGUGGUGAUGGGGCCGGGAGUAAGAAUGGCACGCCUGGGAGGAGUACGGGUGGGAGGAAGAGUCGACUUGAUCAGCGAUGA